UGAACGCCCACGUGUCCAACGGCUCAAGUGCUGGCGCCUUGAAGUGAUACCUUCAAGCCCACGGUAUCGGUCCGACAUCCGUCCAACUACACGACUGCUUCACUCCCUUGCUGCCUAUUGUCCUUGUUUGUGCUGAGCGCUGUCACAUCACCUUUCAUUCACGUCGAGAGCAUACACAACGAUGGAGCUAUCCGAGAACAAGCAGAAAAUGCUCCGUGGGGAGCUUUACUACGCAUUUGUCCCCGAACUGACGGCUGAACGUAACCGCUGCGGACAAGCGUGCGCCCGAUACAACAACGCGGGUGACGUCUCAAGGCGCCGUCUAGCUGAACUGUUCCAGGACAUUCUGUGCGACAAGGCCGCACUGCCUCCUCCGGCCACAACCCCAGAAGAGGAUGAAAAACUGUUCGAGGAUCAUCCAUGGGUCUGUCGACCGGUCAACAUGGACUACGGUUACAAUGUAAAGCUUGGUAAGAACGUGAUGAUCAACUUCAAUGCGACCUUCCUGGACACGUGCGAGAUCAGUGUAGGCAGUCGAACCAUGUGCGGCCCAAAUGUCUCGUUUUACUCUGCCACGCACCCGCUUGAUCCUGUCCUCCGUCAAGGAACCAAGGGACCGGAGCUAGGGAAGGAAAUCCACGUUGGGGAGGACUGCUGGAUUGGUGGAAAUGUCGUUAUCCUACCUGGUGUCAACAUUGGUCGAGGAUCGGUCGUAGGCGCUGGCUCGGUCGUCACCAAGAGCGUUCCAGACUUCACUGUAGUAGCAGGGAAUCCAGCCAGAGUCAUUCGAAAGAUUGAGACUGCGAUGGAUCCUGCCAGUGGGAAGGUGUGGGAAGGUUGGGAAAAAGAGGUUGUCGAAGGAGCCGAGGUCCCAAUGGCGGAGAUGGGUGGUCGCGAUGAAGCAACUCAGACCCUGCCAGAGGCCAAGUGACCGCCUGCAGAGAGUCUCAAACCAACAUGUGAUAUGUUUUCGAAGCGCCCAGGUUUUGCAAGGCAUAAUGUUCCUGACAUAAUGUUCCUGGCUGUUGGUCCGGACCUGCAGACAAACGGUAGAGCCAAACUUGCUUGCCGAUGGCUAAUAAUUGCUGACAAUGAAUUAUACAUUAGAUGGCG